UAGUAAUUGGAGUAAGUGUCGCCGAAGUCGACUUCACCCCUGCCGUCGACUGAAUUGUUUUCCAAUGUGUUUCCCUUCCUGGCAACCCGAUCAUUAGUUUGUUUCGCUCCCAAUUCAACUUACUCCAACAGCAAACAUGACGGAAUACGGUCUGACAGAAGAGCAAGUAGCUGAAUUCAAAGAGGCAUUUAUGUUGUUUGAUAAGGAUUCUGAUGGAAUGAUAACUGCUGCAGAAUUAGGAGUUGUCAUGAGAUCUUUGGGGCAAAGACCAACCGAAAUGGAAUUAAGGAACAUGGUGCAUAUUGUCGAUCAAGAUGGUAAUGGAACUAUAGAAUUUGACGAAUUUUUAUAUAUGAUGUCUAAAAAAAUGAAAGAUACUGACAGCGAAGAAGAACUAAAAGAAGCUUUUAGUGUUUUUGAUAAAAAUGGGGACGGUUUCAUCAGUGCAACUGAAUUAAGACACGUAAUGACAAACUUGGGGGAGAAACUAACAGAUGAAGAAGUAGAAGACAUGAUCAAAGAAGCUGACUUAGAUGGAGAUGGUCUUGUUAAUUAUGAUGAAUUUGUUACCAUUCUGACGUCAGCCAAAUGAGAAGAAUCAAUAUUUCCUUCCUUAAUUUGUAUAUGGUGUACACUCAGGACCAGAGUUUGUACAAGUAUCGUCCAUUUUGUUAUAUUGAAACAGUAGAGUUCCAAUUAACUUAGCGAAGAAUGGAUUAAGAGAAACACCGUUCAUCAAUCGAAACAAUUUUUUUAAUCAUUUACAUUGGUUUAUGAUUAAAAUACUUCUAGACGAAAAGUGAAACAGUAACAUAAAAACAAAAAAAUAUUAAGUUUUGAAUGUAUUUUACAUUCUACGCUGGUGUAUUUCAGUUGAUAUCAUUGAAAAAAAUAUAUAUAUGAGGAGCUGUUGAGGACAGGUUUGUAGAUUUUUGUAGAUAUAUAUAUUUGAUAGAAUGAAAUAAAAAAUAUUUCUUAAGUAAUGUUAUAAAAUGAGAGUAAAAUGAUUUUUUAUUUUUAUUAAAAAUACAAUGUUUUAAUGCACAGAAGUGGAAGAUAAAUGCUGAUAUUAAUUGUUUCUGUACAAAAAAUUGAAACUUUACCUUUUCAUUUUGAACACUUUUCAUUAUAUUCUAUAAAAGAAGGUGUUAACUACAGUAUAACCUCACUUUAUGUUGGUUUCUUCCCAGUAAUAGGUUGUAUAAGCAUAGAUCUACCAUACUUCUUCCUAAAUAAUGUCUAGUAAACUUGGCGAAACACUUGAUUUUUAAUACUUUCUUGAUCAUUUAGUAAAAUUUUUUCUUCUAAACAAGAAAUUUUAGAUGUGUAGAAGUAUUUUCCUGUUUG